AUGGACAGGAAGCAUACUGUUGAGCAUCUCCUUUUGUCAAGGUCCUCAAAAUUCCAGGAUGACGGGGAGAUAUCAAAGCUCCUGGAGUCGAGAUACUCGCUGACAGGAAGUCAAAAGAGUUAUUUGUCCUUGAAAGCUACCGAAGGGACACAUGGAAAGAAGCACAACCAGAGAUUGAUUAUGACCGCAAUUCAACUGCCGGGGAAACAAAAUAGGUUUUCGCCCACAAAGACAAAAAAUGAGUUCAAGUCAUUCAUUGCAGACAAUCUUAAGUACCAAAAUAGACUUAUUCGCCAACUGCAGCUGAAGCUCAAGAAAGAUCCAAAUUUACUGAAUAAUCUGAACGACAUCGCGGAGCUGAGAAUUUGCAAGAAUCUGAUCCGUUAUGAGGACUAUGUCGAAAUGAAUAGGCUUUGGAAGGGCUACAUUCAAGAGAUUUUAGGUACGACUAAUCACAUACCCACGAUGGUGAGCAAGCUUUCAAGCAGCGAAUUGAUUGGAUCAGAACUUGAAGUUAUCCAAAGUCGUUGCAUAAAUAAUACUGGCACGAAGGGAAUAGUAAUCUGGGAAUCCCAGCACAAUUUUGUGAUGGUGGUACCUCGAAAAGCAAAUUGGAAGAGCGACAUCAGUACAAUAAAGCCCGAGUUCACUCUGAGGGAGAGAAUCGGGGGGUUGAGGGUGAUAAGCAAGAGAAAUACGAACUUCAGGCUACAUCUCGAAACUGAGGAGUCUUCGAUCACAUUUGAAAUUAUAGGAAAUAGGUUGAUGAUAAGGAGCACUGAUCGCGCUACUCGAAGGUUCAAAAAUCAUUCGGUGAAAGACAUCGACGUGUGA